AUGACUCCAAAAAAAAAAAACCACAAAAGUUACGAAUCACACAAAAUUUGCCAACCUCGGGAAAACCGCGAAACUCGCGAAAGCCACCACUUUCGCAAGGUUAACAAGGUUCCCAAUUUUCACAGCUUUCACUUGAACGAUAGCGAAAUUUUGAGCCCCACGAAAGGAGGCAUAAAGCUAGAUGUGAGCAAGCUGAGCAUCCUAAGCUUUUCGGGCACGCCGAGGAAGGAGGAACCGAAAAAAAAGCAAAGCCGCAUCCCCGAUUAUGAGCAAAUUCAGGGGAACACCCAAGACGUUUACAUUCAACUAAAUCAAAGGAGUGACACCCCUAGGAAAAAUACAAGCAGGGUCACCACGGCUGAGAAAGCGAAGAAUCGGAAGGAGAAGCACGCCUUGGACUCUUCCUCUUCUUCCCCGUCUUCCUCUCCCUCUUCCUCGUCGUCCUUUUUUUCCUCCCCCCCGUCAUCCUACUCGUGCGUGUCGGAUAGCGAUUCCUCCGCACACAGUCCACGUGUUCCCCGCGAGCGCCAGGCGUCACACGUCUUCCUCUCCUCGGAUGCCUCGCCCCGGAAGGCAGAACCAAGGAAAAGCCUCAGCAAACAAACCAGAGUUGCACACACACACAAUUAUGACCACAUGAGAAGAUCGCCCAGAAACCUCAGCACAAGUAAAUCCGGCACAGAAAAGGACAGCCACAAGAAGAAGGAUGUCGGGGGAGGGAAGGAAAACAAAAGAAACUCGGAGAAGGGCAAGGUGGGUAACUCCCAUGGCGAUGUGCGAACCCUUAGGAGCGCAACGAAGGAGAAGAAGGACGAAAAGAAAGUGGUCAGCGGGUCGCGCUCCAGUGUGCUGCUCAAGAGAAAAAGCGAGUGCCUGUCGAAGGAUUCCUACGUGUACCGCAACCUGGUGAAGAGGGCGAAAACGGGGCUGCCCCGGGGGGGUGCCCGCAGUGGGAGCAGCGAAAGUGGUGACGACGACGGUAGCGGCAGUAGCGAUCUGGGUAGCCGCAGGGGUAGCGGCAGGCCCAGCCCCAGGCGCAGCUCCUCUACCCAGAAGCAGACGCAACCACAGAAAAGCAGCCACCCACAGAAAAACAACCAACCGCAGAAAAACAACCAGCCACUGAGACACACCGCAACCAUUAACAAGCGAAGCAGCAUGCUCCCCAUGAGCGAGCAAAAGGGCAGAGGCGCCAGCGAGGCGAGGGAGCAGCACAAAGAAUUUACCAGCGAAGAAGUUGCAAAGCUUACAAAGGACACCUCCAUCAAACUCGUUGAGCAAGACGCCUGCCAGUAUGAAGACGGCGUGAUUUACGAAUGCAUAUGCAUCAACGAGGUGCAGUACAGCAUUGGGGACGACGUGAUGGUUUUGUGUGAGGGUAGCGGUGGGGGCAGCUCGGGGAGAAGCGGGACUACUACACACCACCCGAGUAAGAACCAACUGGGGAAGACCUACCAGCUGAGGAAGGGCAAAAUAAGCAGCUUCUACCAAAACGGAGAGAGCAACCAGGUGGAGGCGGAAGUGUGCAUAUACUUUGACCAGCACGACGCCGCGUACAUAAAGGAGCUUUCCGAAAAGCAAAAAUCCAGACGAUCAAAGGCAGACUUCGAAGUGUUUCUGGACGAGAAGACGAGAAAUUUUUACCUACUAGGAAAUAUAGAGUUUAAACUGGUAGACGCCAAAAUGAUUUUAAAAAAAAUCCACGUGUACAAUGAGAAGAGGCUCUACGAUGAGGAUAAAACGUCCAAGCAGGGGAAGGACAAGUUCCUUUGCACGCACUACUUAAAGGAAAGGGAAGAAAGAAUCUGCGACUUACAGAAUAGCGAGCACUGGGAUAAUUUGGUCCUGGGUUCUAGCGAUUUGUACUACUCCUUCUCCAACGGGAAAAAGAGCAACAAAAAUAAGUCCCUCAAGAUGAUUAUAGACAAGCUGAAGGUGGGCGAAGCGGGCGGGGGGAGAGGCCAGAGCGGCAACGCCGCAACCAACCCUGGCAGUAGCACCACCAGCAGCCCGAGCAAAUCCCCAAGCGGUAGCAAAUCCCCAAACGGUAGCAAACCCCCAAGCGGUAAUAAAACACCGGGAAGCAACAAACCCCCAAGCGGUAACAAAACAGGAGGUAAAGCCAAAACCCCCCCCAACGUUGAUUUAAAAAAUUUCAUAAAGCAGGACCAAGAAAACUACUACGUGAAUCUGCUGCGCAACAUAACGGACCCAACAGAUAAGGCCAUCCGAAUGAUGCAGCUGGAUGUGGUCCCGAAGUAUCUCCCCUGUAGGGAGAAGGAAAUAAAAGAAGUCCACGGCUUCCUCGAGUCAGGCAUUAAACAGUCAGGCAGCAAUCAAAUUUUAUACAUUAGCGGAAUGCCAGGAACGGGCAAAACAGCCACCGUGUAUAGUGUGAUCCAACUGCUCCAGCACAAGACAAAGCAGAAGAUGCUACCCGAUUUCAACGUCUUCGAAAUUAAUGGAAUGAAUGUAGUACACCCAAAUGCAGCCUACCAAGUGCUUUACAAGCAACUCUUUAAUAAGAAGCCACCCAAUGCCUUAAACUCUUUUAAACUGCUCGACAGACUCUUUAACCAAAAUAAAAAAGACAACCGAAAUGUGUCCAUACUAAUAAUCGACGAGAUCGAUUACCUCAUUACAAAAACGCAGAAGGUCCUCUUUACUCUCUUCGACUGGCCAACCAAGGUGAAUAGCAAACUGGUUCUAAUAGCCAUUUCGAAUACUAUGGAUUUGCCUGAGAGGCUAAUACCCAGAUGUAGAUCCCGUCUAGCAUUUGGCCGAUUAGUCUUCAGCCCAUAUAAGGGAGAUGAAAUAGAAAAAAUUAUAAAAGAGCGCUUAGAAAACUGUAAAGAAAUUAUUGACCAUACAGCUAUACAGCUAUGUGCCAGGAAAGUAGCCAACGUGUCUGGGGACAUCCGAAAGGCUUUGCAAAUAUGUAGGAAGGCCUUCGAAAAUAAAAGGGGGCAAAAAAUUGUCCCCAGAGAUAUUACCGAAGCGACUAACCAGCUCUUCGAUUCGCCACUCACCAACGCAAUAAAUUUUUUACCGUGGCCGUUCAAAAUGUUCCUCACCUGUGUCAUCGUCGAGCUACGCAUGCUUAACGAUUUUAUCAUCCCCUAUAAGAAGGUCCUAAACAGAUACAAAGUCCUCGUCGAGACAAGUGGGAAGUACAUAGGCAUGUGUAGCAAUUCUGAGUUAUUAAAAAUUAUGCUCGACAAAUUGGUAAAAAUGGGUAUCCUACUUAUCCGUCCUUAUAUACCCCUCGAAAGUUUGGCCAAAAAUAAAAACAAAGAAACGCUCCUUGGCUUCAACGAGUCGUCUAAGAAGAACGCCCCCGAGACGAGCAAGUCCACCAGGACGCAGGUCAGUGCGGAAAUAGACAAGGAGUCGGGCGACAUGGGCUUAGAGCUCAACGUCGAAACGCAGCUCAUCAUCACCGCGUUGAUGAAGGACGCCGAGUGUUCGCAAAAGCUCAACUUUUACUAG